UUUACUUAAGUACCUCGGCAUUACCAUAGGCGAAUGUAAAAAAUAUAAGGACUCCCUCUGUCAUGACAACGUAGAAUCAUAAAUCAUCUGAUAGAAACCAUGUGCACUUGUAAUUCAUGGGAAUAAAGGCAUUUGUGUUAUAAUCACACUGAAGACUAUGUUUAAUUUCAUUUCUCAAUGCUGUUGUAAUAUAUGAUUUUAGUUUGAUGUAGCCUUCAUGUUAUACCAUUUUUACUUCCGGAACGCUUGCGAAAACGAAACUGCAUUACAAAAUCAACAUUAAAAUUUUAAAAACUAAGUUUUGUUAGAUAAGGUCUAAAAUGAUCGACCCUGAAGGAACCAAAACAAUUGAAGGAGGAGAUGGUGGUGGAAUUGAGCCCACAGCCAGUGAGGUUGCUCGUGAUUUGCAGAUAGUUGAAGAAAGCAUAAAGGAUGAGAAGGUAAAAAAAGACUUACAAGACAUAAUUUCAAAAAUAUCUCGUGGAUCAGUUCAGGAGAGAAGCCAUCAUAUUUUGACUGAGAAUUUAAAAAGUUUUGCUACUAACCUUGGAUCAAGUGUGCACUUUUCGUUAGGUCAGACCAAGCAGAUCAUUAAAACUAUUAUUGUGCUGUGGAAAACGCCUUCUAUAGCAAAACAUGUGAUGAAGAAGGUUUACAAUGAGGAUAUUGGUGAUGCAACAGACGUUCCCAAUGAUGUUAAAAACAUGGAUGAAAAGGCCAUUGAGAUUUAUUCGAAAGCUCUUAAAGAUGGGGUAGAGGAAAUAAAGAAUAUUCGACUGAUGGUUUUGGGCAUGUUUGGUGUCGGAAAAACUUCUCUUGUUAACAAUAUGAUUAAGGACUUUAGAGACAAAAACAUAGUACCGCAAAGCACCGAAGGCAUUGACUUGCACAGAUGCCAGCUUAUGGAAAAUGGCGAUUGGUGCUUAGAUGACGAACAUAAAUUGACUAAAUACCAAUCUAGAUUUAAAAAGGGAUACAGUGAAAUAACAAUUCCGCCAUUGUCAAAUAUGAGUGUUCGCGAUGACUCUGAUAUAAAGCUUAUGAAAGAUAAUCAUGUUGCUAGCAACAUUCCUGUAACUCAAAGUGAUACACGAUCAUUGGAAACGAUUGCGAAAAGUGUUAAAGAACACAUUGAACAGGAAAUUGUACGAACCGUAUUACCAAUUGUUGAGGUACAAACGAUUAGACAACAAGACAUAAAACAAGUUUCUUUAAAAUCAAAGACAAAUACAACUGUUUCUGUUUGGGAUUUUGCAGGUCAAACACUCUACUAUUCUACUCAUCAGUUUUUCUUAAAUAAAAGGUCUAUAUAUUUAGUUUUGAUGGAUAUGACAAAAGGUUUAGAUGAUCCUGUAAAGGAAGACGAUGAGGCAAGUGGAAUCUGGUGUGGUUUGAUGAAGGAUUGCAAAUAUUUAGAGGUCUUUAAAUUUUGGCUUAAUGCAAUCCACAUGUAUAGCGGCCACCAGUCAUCCACUGAAAAAAUGAAGCCAAGUAUAAUUUUAGUUGGCACUCGCAAAGAUGAAAUGACGGGAAACAACGAUGAAAAAGAAAUGAAAAGUGAUAAGUAUUUUCAGGAGGCACUGCGGAGGGCUUUUGGUGAGGGUUCGCCAAUAUUACAGCAUAUUCAUAAACGGAAAUUCUUGGUGGAUAAUUUGUCUAAGGGAGAUCCAGUUUUUAAUCAGUUACGAAUGGAGAUUCUUGGCUUAGCUCAGAAGCAAGACUAUUGGGGUGAAAAAAGUCCCCUGCGAUGGAUUCCAUUAGAAAAAAAAUUGGAUGCAUUGAGAGAUGAACAAAAACAGCUUCUGAAAAUGGAAGACAUAGAACAAGCAAAUGAAUCAAAUGCACACCCACUGGCUGUGGAUGAACUAAAAUUGUUUUUGGAGAUUCAGCACAAACAUGGGAACAUACUAUAUUUCAACACAGAUACACUCAAAAAUCUGAUUGUUCUUGCUCCGCAGUGGAUCAUUCAAGCGUUCAAGCGCUUUAUAACGCAUAUAAUGCAUACAAACCCAUUGAAUUUGGAUGCAUGGAAUGAUUAUAUGGAUCUUGCUAUUCUUAAACAUGAGGUUUUCACUGAAAUAAUGGACAGCAGUGAAAAAACUAUAAGUGACAACAGAGAUGAUGUAAUUAAGUAUAUGGAACAUCUUGAUGUGAUGGCAAAGCCACUGAAAUUAGAGGAAGUCAAAGAAGCCGAAUGUACGGCUGCCGAUCACCAAACAGAAGAAGAUAAAACGGAACCAGUUGUGCAUGGACAUACCAAAUAUCUUGACUUCCAUAUUGUUCCUUGUCGACUAAAGAAACCACCACCUCCCAUAUCCAAAUUCACUUCACGCCCCGAACCCUUCAGAAACACACAAGUCUUAUGCUUUGUUUUUUGUGAAAAAUUUAUGCCUCCGUCGUUCUUCCACAGACUUGUUGCUGUGUGUAUUCGCACUUGGCCUAUCAGCAAAGCGGAAAACAAAAACCAGUUAUACAACGGGCUUGCUGUUUUUGUCCUUCGUCCCGCAUACACUUUGACAAUCUGGUACGAGGACCACAUCAUUUAUGCAAGAAUAUCGUCUUGUUCAAAGAAACACGUUUCAGACAUUGAUGUUACAUUAUGUCAAGACGUUCGGCACACUCUUCGGAUUAGUUUGCUUAACUUUAUAGGCCAAUCUGUAGAAAAUCCUAGGACUGCUACAGCAUUUGAGGAGUACAUUCAAUGUCCAUCCAUGCAAACGUUUUCACAUAAUAAAGGCAUACUUUGAGUGAAAGAGUUCAUGUAUGAAAAUGAGUUAAACUGCGAAUCAUGUGCUGAACUCCAUACAGUGGAACGAGCAGAGGCUUUACAAUAUUGGUUCAAAAACGAAUUAGAACAAGCAGACAAAAAUGAUGAUGCUUUAAAUAGACCAGCGCAAGACAGUGAUCUAUUGCACGUUGCUAAAUCCGUUGAUGAUGAAUUCUGGAUGCUGGGACGUGAACUUGGUUUUAAUGAUAAGCGAAUGAACGAGUUAUAUGCUGAAUGUGGACACGUUCAGUAUAGAUUCGUUAACAGGUAUUUGUCAGAAUGGAGGGAAAGCUAUCGAGGACAAGCAACUGUACAACGGCUUAAUAGAGCCAUUAAUGCUGCGCGAUUGUCCUGCUCUAAGAAGACCAAAAAAACUGUCCUCUUUUGAGUAUCUAUAGCUUUGUUAACAAUUCGGCGCAUAACUUUUGCAUUUUAAGUGUGUCGUAUUAUAUAUUGUAAUAAAUAGUGUGACAAAUUGAUAUAUUCUUUUGUUAAAGUUGUUAGAAGAAGAAAAAACAUUUGUUUUUUUUACGAAUGCAUUACACAUUUCUUCCUGAACAAUUACAAUGACAAUUAAAUUGCGUGUAUAAGUUUAUUUCGCAAAUCCAUAUUGUUUUUUAGCUCAUCUAUUUUUUGACAAAAAAAUGAGCUACAUGUAUUGUCAUCACCUUGGCGUCAUCGUCCGGUUUUGUGUUUAGGUCCACUUUUCUCAUAAAGUAUCAAAGCUAUUGCAUUCAAACUUGGUACACUUACUUACUAUCAUGAGGGGACCGGGCAGGCAAAGUUAGAUAACUCUGGCGUGCAUUUUGACAGAAUUAUGUGCCCUUUUUAUACUUAGAAAAUUGAAAAUUUGGUU